UAUUUCAUUAUUAAAAUUAAAAUGAACGCUAAUAAUAUAUAUGUACAUAUUCAUACAUAACAUAACUCUUAUUUUAGCCAUCAUUUGAAAUGGACAGUGAAUAACAUUAAUACAUCAAAUUAAAAUUUGUAAUCCUGGAAAAAGAUUGGCCUUAUCCAAACUUUGAAAUAAUUGUAGCUUACAAUGAUCCUCUGAUGUUCAUAAAUAAAGAAUUAUAAGAUAGACAUGGUGGUAUAACAGAUAUCAGAUUAUAUCUAGAUGCUGAAAAGUAAAAUCAGUAAAUUAUUUAUUGUAAAUAGAUUACAAUACAUAUUCAAUAAAAAAAUAGGAGAUGCUUUGACUAUAAAAGGAUCAAGUUCUCAUGAAACUGCUCCUAUUGUUACUAUUUAUUAUGAUUUUAAAAACGCAAUAAAAUCACCUGUUCAAUUAUUUUGAUCAUUAUAAAAUAUAAUAAAC